AGUCAUAGGAGAGAAGAAGAAGAAAGAGAGGAGAUCAAAAUUGGAAGCGCAAAGAUGAAGCUACCUUGGGGUCAGAACCAUGCCACCAAUCGCCGGUUCAACGGCUACCGCCCGUCCCCCCCUCUGCCGGAGGUCGCCGGCGUGGGCACCGCAACCGAUGGCGCGUCGAGAUCCCCUUCCACCGUGCUGUGGUUCGUCCUCCACGGGCUCUGCUGCUUCGUCAGCCUCGUGCUCGGCUUCCGCUUCUCCCGCGUCGUCUUCCUUCUUCUCUUCUCCACCUCCACCCUCUACACCUCCGCCCCUUUCCUCCUCACCACCACCACCACCACUACCACCACCACCACCACCACCACGACCACCACCACUACUCGCACGGAGACCGUGACGAUCUCACAGCUGCCCUCCGCCACGCCGGCCGCCCCGCUUCCGCUCCAUAACCGGACUCACGGCCCCGUCGUGGUCGGCCGCCACGGGAUCCGGAUCCGGCCGUGGCCGCACCCCGAGCCUGCCGAGGUGCUGCUGGCGCACCAGAUAAUCGAGAGGGUCCAGCACGAGCAGCGGCUGCAGUACGGCUUCAAGAAUCCCCGCCCGCUCAUCGUCGUCACGCCCACCUACUCCCGGACCUUCCAGGCACUGCACCUCACCAGCCUCGCCCACUCCCUCAUGCUCGUGCCCUACCCGCUCACUUGGAUCGUCGUGGAGUCACCCGAGGCCUCGAAUGAGACCUCCUCCAUCCUUGCUGAGUCCCAGCUUAACUUCCUCCAUAUCCCAUUCCUCGAUCGGAUCCCGGAGAGACUCUUGGAACGACAUAUCGUCGAAGCUCGGAUGCGUCUUCACGCACUGAGAGUGGUGAGGGAUCGGAAGCUGGACGGGAUUGUGGUGUUCGCCGAUGAUAGCAAUGUGCACAGCAUGGAGCUGUUCGACGAGGUUCAAAAGGUGAAGUGGAUGGGUGCUCUCUCAGUUGGAAUUCUUAUGCAUUCUGGAAUGACUGAGACAAUGGGUAAUGACAAGAGAAAGGAGAAGUUUCAGAUGCCCGUUCAAGGCCCGGCUUGUAACUCAUCAGGGGACCUGAUCGGCUGGCAUACUCCUAAUUCUUUGCCAUAUGCACAGAAUAGUGCAACUCCCAUGGGCGAGAUGCCAACAGUUCCUGGGAAGAUGGAGUGGGGUGGUUUCGUGUUGAACUCGAGAUUGUUGUGGAAAGAAGCUGACGGAAAACCUGAUUGGUUUCGUGAUCUUGAUGCCGUGGGUGACAGUGAAAUUGAUAGCCCAUUGGCCCUGUUAAAAGACAAGUCCUUCGUUGAGCCUCUUGGUGAGUGUGGCAAGAACGUCCUGUUAUGGUGGCUCCGUGUUGAAGCCUGCUUUGAUAGCAAAUUCCCACCGGGAUGGACAAUAGAACCUGCUUUUGGAAUGACUGAUGUACCUGAUGCACUUCCAUCUGAAACGAUGAUUGCUAACAAAGAUAUGUUUGAUAUGAAAUUUUUAAGAAAGACUGGGUCAUCCAGGUCAAGGGAUGAUGCUGAUGGUGAAAAUAAGCAUGAACAGCAAGUGGAUACUGAAGCUCCCGGGAUUUCCCAAGGCUAAGAAAAGUCAUGCCUCCAAAAUUUCCACAGAGUUUCGUCGUACUUUCUGAAGUUCGUUCAAGAAAAGUAGUUGUCCUAUCUACUUCAAGAAAAUUGCAUUCCUAAAUCAGGAAAUGUUAAUAUUUAUUUCAUUUUUUUUCUGGAGCAUUGCUGGAUACAUCUGAGUGUCAGCAUUUUACACUGGAUUUCCACUUCAUCAGUUGAAGAUACUAUGCAUUAGCAUCCAGAAAGCUAAACCAAGUCGAAGUGCUCAAGAAAUUGUCAUGACGUGUGAAGGAUGAGCCCAACAUGGUGAGGAGAUUAAACAUAAGGUUUGAUAUAUCGAUGCUGAUCUAUCUAUCAAAUUAUGCUUGCAUGCAGGUUGAUCGCCCCAUCAUAACUGGCAUGCUGAUUUGAUAUAGUAAGGCCAUGCUGCAAAAGUCAGUUGAUUCUUUGUAAUGCUCAUUUCGGUUUAGAUAGAUUUGUUUAUUGGAAUUCGAGUAUAACCCAAUCAGAUCAAUCUUAAAAAGAAGUGUUGUAUGUAAUAGAAAAUUUUAUUUCAUUUCAUGUCCAUAACAUGUAGAAUAUUCAUGGAUGUGCAUGUCACCUUUAUUCUGGA